AUAAUGAGUUUUUGACCGGCAGAGGUUGCAAACGCGGAGAGAAAAUUUUCUACUCGCUACUUUCGAUGCAGUUUUUACGCGUACAACCUUUUGGACGAUAACCAACAUUUUCUCUAAUUUUUAAAUUUAUUUCAAUGGUAUUUUGAAAGUAUCGGUGCGUUAAAUUAUCAAAAAUAUAAAGCUAAUAUUUAAAUCGAACCGUUGGCGCUGAACUGUAUCAAUUUUUAUUUGGAACAUUUCGAAUCUAGUUGUUAGUAAUGAAUGGAAAAGGAAUGAGAAGGAAGAAAUCUUCGUUAUCCGAAGUUAAGGUGGCGGUUAUUGGGGCUCCAGGUGUCGGAAAAAGUGCACUAUCGGUAAGAUUUUUGACGAGGCGGUACAUAGGAGAAUACGAUCAUCAGGCAGAAACUAGAUAUAAACAUGAAGUUGUGGUGGACAAUGAACCCGUUCUAUAUGAGAUACUAGACACGUGUCCAAAGAAUGACGAUGAACUUCCAUCUUCGGAUACAAUAAAUUGGGCGGAUGGUCUUCUUUUGGUUUACUCAAUCACAGACAGACGUUCUUUAAAUUAUUUGAAACGAGUUGGAUCCUUAAUCGCAGAAUCUGACAUUCCCGUGUACAUUGUUGGUAAUAAAAAUGAUAUGGUUCAUUUAAGGGAGGUCAGCGCGGAAGAGGGCGCCAUCUUGGCGAGAAACUUCGAAUGUGGUUUUUCGGAAGUAGCUGCGGCGGAGAUGGUCGCGCCGGUGGCCGUGGUAUUUCAAGAGCUCUGUAGGUCAGUGCUGGCAUCUCGUAGAAAAUCUAAACACUCGUUAUUAGAACGUAUGCUCGGUACGAGAACUUCAAAUCUACGAUUAUACGCUAGAGGAAAAAGCGACAGCGCUUUACCUAAAGACUGAUAGAUGGCGAUACGAUUUUUUUAGGAUAUUGAAAUGUGACUUUUCUUAGAGAAACUUGUAAAGAUCUGAUACUUUAUUUUAUGUAUACUGGGAGUAAAUAAUUGAAUUUGAUAUAUAAAUAAGUUAAAUAAUGAAAUUGUAAUACUCCAGACGCGUUGUACUGUAAUUAUUUAUUAUAAUAUUCAAUUAUUUAUACAAGGAACACUACAGACAACGAAAAAAAGGACAAAUCUACUUAUACAUAUUUGUUUUUUCAAAAACUAAUGUUACUAUAGCUCUAAUCUAACCAUAUGAUCUUAAUUCGAAAUCAUUUUUAUAAAAGUUUUGUUUGAUUUUUGCAGUUCAAUAAAUAUUAAGUGAAAUAAAA